CGCGCGUUCACAUUUCGCCCAUCCCCUGCCGCACGCUUGGCUGAAGAACAAAGUUUGUCGUUUGUUAUCGACACAAACACGGAUAUAAAUACUUCUCACAGCUAAAAGAUGUGGAAGUCAGUCGUGGGCCACAAUGUGAGCAUGAAGGUGGCAGCAGAGGGGGACGACUGGGAGACAGACCCUGACUUUGAGAAUGACGUAUCAGAGCAGGAGCAGAGGUGGGGAGCCAAGAGCGUUGAGGGUUCGGGACGUAAAGAGCACAUCAGCAUUGAAGCGCUCAGACAGAAAGUGGCUGUGGAGCACGAACAGGUGAAGGGUAAAGAGCACACUCCCAAAGCAUCGUACGGAUAUGGAGGGAAGUUUGGAGUGGAGAAGGACAGAAUGGACAAGGCGGCUUUGGGGCACGACUACGUGGCUCAAGUCGAGCAGCACUCCUCCCAGAAAGAUGCAGCGCGAGGGUUUGGCGGGAAAUACGGAGUUCAGAAAGACCGAGUGGAUAAGUCUGCCAUGGGCUUUGAAUACAAAGGAGAAGUGCAGCAGCAUGCAUCUCAGAAAGAUUACGCUAAGGGAUUUGGAGGGAAAUACGGAGUGGAGAAGGAAAAAGUGGACAAAGCUGCAAUGGGGUACGACUACAAAGGCGAGACAGAGAAGCAUCAGUCACAAAAAGAUUACUCAAAGGGAUUUGGAGGGAAAUACGGUGUGGAGAAGGAGAAGGUGGACAAAGCUGCACAUGGGUACGAUUAUAAAGCAGAAACAGAGAAGCACCAGUCACAGAAAGAUUACUCGAAGGGAUUCGGGGGGAAGUUUGGCGUCGAGAAGGAGAAAGUAGAUAAAGCUGCCUUGGGGUACGAUUAUAAGGGUGAGACGGAGAAACAUCAGUCACAGAAAGAUUAUUCAACAGGUUUUGGAGGCCGUUAUGGAGUACAGGCAGACCGCAUGGACAAGAGUGCAGCUACCUUCUCAGACAUGGACUCCCCGACUUCUGCUUAUGAAAAGACGCAGCCGUUAGAGGCCUCAAGCGCAGGCGCAGGGAAACUGAAGGCACGUUUCGAGAACAUGGCCAAAGCUUCAGAUGAUGAGAACCGAAAGAAAGCAGAAGAAGAGAGAACCAGGAGACAGGCGAGAGAGAAAAGAGAGCGAGAGGAAGCCAAACGCAGACAGCAGGAGCAGGACAGCAGAGAACAGGAGGCUCAUCCACCACCUGUUCCAGAUGUGGCUGAAAAGUACAACAUGCCACUACCUGAGAUCCCCCGCUACGUGCCAGAGGUAGAAGAAACACAAGAGUCAGAGCCAGAACCAGAACCAGAGCCAGAGCCAGAGCCAGAGCCAGAGCCAGAGGACCCAGCAAUAUACGAGGAGCCGCCGUCCUUGCCUCCACGUGGUGACGAUUUCCUCGAAUCAGAUGUUCCCCCGCUCCCCAUGAGGUCAUCAGAAGUUGAUGAGGAGGAGGAUGAAGGAGAGUAUGAGGAGCUCGCUGAAGCACCACCACCUCUGCCACCUCAUAUAGAGUCAGCUGCGGACAAUGACUAUGAAGACCUGUCGCAUGGCAUGAAGGCAGUAGCACUUUACGACUAUGAAGGAGGCGCAGACGAUGAGAUCUCCUUCAACCCAGAUGACGUCAUCACCAACAUAGAGAUGAUAGACGAGGGCUGGUGGAAGGGGCACUGCAACGGCCGCAUCGGUCUUUUCCCGUCAGCUUACGUCCAGCUGAUGUAACCAAAAUAUUUAUAUAAUCAUUCCAGCAAAAUGUAUGCUUCUGAUCAUUUGACUUCUUUACUUUUACUGUGUAAUAUUGCGCUUAGUUUGUGCCAGUGAGUAUCUGAACACCAAAUGUGUAUUAGUGGUGAGUGAAGUUACAUCUUAUAACUGCAACAAACUGAUCAAGUC